AAUUGCUAGGCGUUUGAUAACAAAAUAGUUUCAAGCGUUCGUGAUACCGGAAGUAAUUUUUGGGGGACACAAUUUUGACAUAUGGCGGGAAAUUCGCAUUGUCUGUGAAAACAUGGAAUACUCGAAAGUUUUGGUUAUUGGAGCUGAAGAAACAGGCCCAAGAGAAAUAACCACAUGUCUGGUUAAACUGGAAAAGUCCUUGGAUGUGUUGACAUGUUCUUCGCUGCCAAUACCUGGUGAAAGGGACUUGCAGCAAGCGGGCAUUCAGUUUAUAUGUUUUGUUAUAUUGACAUCCAAUAAGGAAAGCCUAAAUGUUGUGUCAGCAUGCUUGUCAAAAGUAGAUUUUUCAUACUUCUCUGGAAGAUGUGUUCUUGUGGUUAACAACAAAGAUUCUCAUUUUGAUGAAGGCAUUGAUGCAGAAAUAAAGAACUUGGCAAGAAAGUUUGAUGUUCAGUCCUUGUAUGUAAACACACAGGAUGAAUCAGAGUUGCUGGAACUGGGAAAGAAGAUAGUUGCCAUGGUAGAUGCUAUCAGAGGCAGCAAUCGCUUUGUAACGUCAAUGCUGUUUGAAUCCAUGAGAGUGUUAGGUCAUCGAAACAAUGCCACAACCUAUGUAGGACAAGACACUCCAGUCACAGGAAAUUUUUAGUGCUAAAAUGUAAUGAAAAUGUCAAUUGUAUUGGUGCCACUAAUAAUCUUAGUCAAAAUAGUGAUUGGCUACCAACAUUUUUGGUAUAUUUCAAUUUGUCAAAGAACAUUAUUAAAAUAUUUUUCGCCAACUUCACACAGUAAAAAAUAAAUGCUAUAUUUGUCAAACAGGCUGGUAAUCUGCAACUAAUGAUUAACAGAUAUUAACAAUAUUUACGUCUUCUUUGUAAUUGCAACAUGUAUUUGCAAAAAUAACAUGCAUGUUUUAAGCUCACCUAAGAACAACAUGCUCAUGGCGAGUUUUUGUGUUUGCUGUUUGUCUGUCGAAUGUAUGCUGGCGACAUUUGCCUUGUGGGCUGCAUUUAUUUCUAAAUGUUCAUGAAACUUGGUCAGAAUAUUUGUUCCAAUUAUAUCUUGUCCUAGCCAGAAAUAAAACUAAGGAGUUGGAACACUUUAGAGGCAAUAUUUAGGAAACUUAGUCAGAACAUUACUCCUUAAACUACAGCUGUGAUAGAAACUGGGUUAUGUUUGGUAGAAAACUACAUGUAGGUCACAUGGUAAAAAACAAACAAGUUUUUACACACAAAGUCUACAUUUAUUGCCCAAACUGAUGAAAUAUGGUCAGUACAGAAGUCACAAUGGUAUCUGGGGGGAGUUUGAAGCUGGGUCACGUGGGAUUAAGGACGAAGUGGCCAGGUCAAAUAAAGGAAAACAGAUUUUGAACACUUUGUGGGCCACAUUUAUUGAACAAUCUUAAUGAAACUUGGUGUGAUCAUUAGUCUCAAUCAUAUUUUGGUCUAGUUGAAAACUGUGUAAUGGGAGGCAAAUACUAGCUCACUUGGUGGAAAUACUAGUAAAUAAAAAGCUUUUUAACAUUCUUAAGGCCAUAUGUAUUGCCUAAUCAUGAAACUUGGUGAGCAUAUUUGUCCAAAUGGGUUCAAUACUGCAUGAUGUGGGAUUGAAACUAGGUUAGCCGGUCGAAAAAAAAGCUUUUUUUUAGCACAAGAGGCCGGAUACAAUCCAAAAUUUUCAUGAAACUUGUUUGGACAUUUGUUCAUUUUUGCUUUCUUGGACGAGUUUGGAACUUGUUUAAGGCCUAGGUCACUAUGUCAAAUUAAUUUAAGAUAAAACGUGUAUGCAGUCUAGAAGUCACAUUUGUUUGUGCAAUCUUCCUCAGAACAUUUGUCUUAAUGAUAUCUCCUUGUGAAUUAUGGUUCCUUUGAUUAGAAAAAAGCAGUUAUGAGGCAGUUUUCCUUAUGUGGCUAUUGAACACUGUAAAUCACAUUUUUUACUCGCACAUCCUGUAACUAAAUUGUGUUGAUUUUCAGGGCUGAGUUUUUAUUUGAGAUUUCAAUUGUGUAUAAUGUUUAAUAGCAGACUUGUAGUUUAAUGAUAACUUGUUUUGAUGUCAUCUCAGCAUAUCUGACUUAAUCCUUUCCCACUCAGAAGCCAAGUGAAAAAAGCUAUGUGCAAACACCAAAAAAAAACAAACAGCCUGCAAGUAACUCGCAGUCUGUUCAGCUUUCAUGCUGUUUGCUGCUCAUCGGUAUCGUGGGCUUGCUAAUGAGGCCUUUAAAACUUGAAUCUAGUAAGAAAAGUCUUUCAUUAAAUUCAACUUUCUAAGGUACUACAAAUGCAUCAAAAAACGUACCUAAGUAGUAAAGGGUUAUUUGUGUCUUCCCUUAUUGCUCUUCAGAUUACAGUGGUGUUAUGUUCAUGAUAUUUUUAAAUGCUCAAAAUCUGUUAAUUUUUAUGCCCCCGGAUCGAAAGAUCAGUGGUAUAUUGUUUUUGGCCUGUCUGUCUUGUCAUUCAUUCAUUGUGUGUGUACCAAAACUUUACUUGGUUAAAGUUUGAUAACUUUUGCAUUAUUGAAGAUAGCAACUUCAUAUUUGGCAUGUGUAUCUCACGGAGCUGCACAUAUUGAGUGGUGAAAAGUUAAGGUAAAGGUCAUCUAUCAAGGUCUAAGAUCAAAUAUUGUAUUUUUCUUUCCUAAAACUUUAACCUUCGUUAAAGUUUGGUCAUAACUUUUUUAAUACAGUAGAAUUGAAUAGAAUAGUAUUGAAGAUAGCAACUUGAUAUUUGGCAUGCAUGUGUAUCUCAUGGAGCUGCACAUUUUGAGUGGUGAAAGGUCAAGGUCAUCCUUCAAGGUCAAAGGUCAAAUUUAUUGCUUCAAAGCGGCGCAAUAGGGGGCAUUGUGUUUCUGACAAACACAUCUCUUGUUUUAGUUCUGUGGCACAAGCAGCAUUGUUGCACAAAACAUUUAAUGCAUGUAUACAAUUGUAUUUGUGUGAUCUAAUGUAUUGUUUGUCUAUGGUAUGUCAGUAAUUAUGUAAAUGCUAAUACAAUAAUAUUAAAGAAAAAACAAAUAAA